AUGGUCCGUUCGCGCCUCGCCUGGUACCUUGAAAGUACGGGCUUCUUCCCGCAGGUGAUGGCCGGAUUCAGACAAGGUAGAUCAGCCGUUGACAAUGUCAUCGCCGUCACCUCCUCCGCGCAGCAAGCCCGAUUUGAAGGCCUACAUACCGCCGCUGUCUUCCUCGACGUUCUGAAGGCUUACGACAGCGUACUCCACAGUACUGUUGUGGCGACACUCCAAGAGGCUGGCGUGGGGGGCCGGAUGCUGUCGUGGAUUCAGGAGUUCCUAUCGGACAGGUCUUUGUUUGUCCGCACUACGGAAGGGGACACCCAAUCCUUCCCUGUUCGCCGUGGCGUCCCGCAAGGUAGUGUGCUCCGCCCUCUUCUGUUCAACGUUGUCAUGGCCUCUCUACCAGCUCACCUCCGAGGCAACGUCAGUAUCACCAUCUACACCGACGACAUAUGCCUGUGGACCUCCGGCACGCGCCGUGACGCGAUUCAGCGUCGCCUGCAAGGAGCCCUUGAUGAUGUUGUCCAGUAUCUUUCCGACCGGGGACUGUUUGCCGGUGGUGUUCGUGCCACACCACAACUGUCUGUCCUCGUCAAUCUCCUGCGACGGAUCUCUGGAACGUCAUGGGGCCCUACCUGCACCGACCUUAAGCUCGUCCACACCUCCCUGGUGACCGGAACCCUGAGGUACAGCCUCCCAGUCCUCCACGCCGUAAGCAAAGCCAAUGAACGCGAGUUCCUCAACAUUCAGGGCCGCAGCCUGCGCGUAUGCCUGGGUGUUCCCAAAACGACAGAGACAUACCUGGUCCUAGCAGAGGGCAAGGAGUCUCCAGCACACAUUGUGCGCGACCUGGAAACCCUCCGCGCCUACUCACGAUACCUUACUCGUCAUCCCGCACACCACUUGCGGGACAUCGACCAUGACUGCCCUGCGUCGGCAUUCGGUGCCGCUGUCCGGCGACUGAAGCUGUCGGUCCCAUCAACUGCGUCUACUUCGUCUUACACCCCACCAAUGUGGUCGAUGGUCACACCCACCGUGUACACACAUAUCCUUGGCAUCACGGGCAAAAACGACCAUCCACCGCCUGUCCUGCGGUACCUCGUGCUGGAGCACCUGGACGCCCUACACAGCCAGCGACUGCAAAUAUAUACCGACGGCUCGGUCUCCGCGGGCGUCUCCACAGCAGCACUGUUCCUCCCUUCCGAAAACAGCGAACAAGCCUUCAAGCUUCCCCACGAAACGUCAUCAUCCGAAGCGGAGCUUGUAGCCAUUCACGAAGCACUGAAGCUUGUAUCCUCUCGUCCACCUGGAAGCUGGACAGUCCUCACAGACAGCAAGUCGGCGCUGGAGGCACUGUCUUCGCCUCGCUCGCAAGUUGUUUCUGACAUCCGCUCACUGAUCCUGAUUGUGCACAACCUCCUCGUCACCUCCGGCCACUCCGUGUGGUUUCAGUGGGUGCCAUGCCACAUUGGCUUGCCGGGAAACACACGUGGCGGCACAGCAGCGAGGCGCGCUCAUGGCGCAGCUGAGUGCAACACUGUCAUCCCGUUAUCACCAUCCGUCUGCCGCAUACACAUCCGCCGGCGCCUUUCCUUCGACACCCGCCUUUUCAUGGAAAACACUGUCGCAGCCAACACCUUCCUCCACCGCAUUGACCCGAAGAUGGCCUUCAGUGUGUCGUUACGGCUGUCUCGAAAGGAAGAGUCGGCUCUCCACAGUCUUCGCCUGAAUGCUGCCCGUACUCCAUCGUUCCUGUCCAAGAUCAAGCAGCGUCCCUCUUCGGCGUGUCCCCCCUGCUCCACCGACGCCGACACCCAUCAUUUACUCUUGACCUGCCCAAGAUAUACCGCUCCUCGGACCGCACUCACGCACCGCCUAUCUGCCCUGGGGCACAGAGACCUCUCUUUGGCCACCCUACUGGGCCCCGUAGGGCAGAAGCAAUGGGCUGUUACCAGAGCGCUAAUAUGCUUCCUGGGGGACUCUGGGCUCGUGGACUGCCUCUGA